UGUAUAAGAUAUUUAAGAAAGUUUCUAUGCUAAUACCUUUCCACUUCCCACCUUCAGCUGCAGAGUAAAGACAGCACAGUAGGAAAAGAAAAGCUGGAAUCUGAUCCUAGAAGUGGAAGCACUUACAUCUGCUUCCUGUUAUAUACUAACAUCUUUACAAACUUUACCAAUAAUAAACAGUCACUUUCUUGCUAUUUACAUCAGCUCAAAAAAGGAUAAAUAGGCUAGAAAGGCCCAAAACAGCAGUCUAACAAAUUAGUAUUAAAAACACUAAUGUAGGUUUAAUAUUAAACCUAAAGAUUAACGUCAUUAAGUCAAGUUUUUCUUCCACCAUUUGAAUUUGCCGGAGGUAAAAGUUACUUUCUUGCUGUUUACGGUAGGUUACAUGAAUUAAUUAUGUGUCAGCCCAAUAGCAAAAAAUGAGCCAGACUAAAAAGGUUCAAAAUAAUGAUUGUUUAAAAGUCCAUAAAUAAUCAAUAAAACAAGCAAAUUAAACCCCUCUCUCCAUCUCGUAUCCGUUAAACCACUUUCACUAAUUGUUUCCCUGACUUUCUCUCUUUCUUCUCCAAGAACGCCAACUAAAACCGCAGAGAGAGAGAGGGGUCUGACUCUCUUGACCUGUGAAAGUUUCAGAAAAUGGCAGGUCUUCCUUUUCCUGGCGGUACUCCGACAGAGGAACUCCAUAAACACAUUCGGAUUGGUCUCAUGGUCAAGGAGUGCAUUGAUAACUACAUGAGCAAGGAUGAAACACAGAGAUAUCUACAGAGUUGGUAUCAAUUCGCACGUCAAGAUAUCAACGAUGCUUGGGGUCUUCUUGAAAGAAAAAAACCAGAUUCCUUAAGAUUACACAAUGAAAGGAUCCGUGAGCGCAACCCAAGGACCUGUGAGCGUGUUGCAUCAAGUUCGCCACGAGAGGGAACUUCAGCUACACAGGGAGGGCAAGAGCCGCAACGUCUAUCUCCACCACCUCCUCCUUCUGCUCGCCGCACAUUGUGGAAUUCUCCAAAUGUCCAGAGAUACCCUGCUGCAUCACCACACGUGCCGCAAGAAGCAGCUAAUAAUGCUAAUGCUCUAGAGAACCAAAACCUUCAAGCCGCUCCAGCUUACCCCAACGACUUUUGGCAGCAGCUUUUGAAUACUUUGGACCAGAUUCAGAGUAAAAUCUACAAUUUAGAGAGGUAACGACAAAGAAGCAGAGAAGUAUGAGAGAGGUGACAAUGAAGAAGUAGAGAAGCGGCAGGAUUAGAAUCUACAAUUGCCACAAUGAACGCAUGGACAGUUCUUACAUUGCGUAUGACACAUAUACAUGUUGCUUACUUUCUUAUUAUCAUCGUAGAUGCUACUACUAGUACUAGCUAAGCUGUUUGGAAAAACAUUGGGGAGCAAUUUUAUCGUGUUUCUCGAAGCUUUGUAUUGUGGAGGAGGGAUAAACAUGUAAACAGUUACGAUCUUAUGGAGUUUUUUUCAUAAUUCGGUUAAUACUGUAGUUUUUAACCGAUCUUUUCUGAUACAAAUAUUUAAAUGGCACAUCGGAUCUGAGAAAAACAGAGAAGUGGCUCUAGUUUAAGCUUAUUUUAUCUUCAGUUGCCUUCUUCCCCAAGGCAGUGG